UUCUUUUCAAAUGCUCAAUUUCCAACGUUUACCAUGUUCUGAUGCUCGCCCUGUUCUAGUCCACCCUCUUCUUCAGAAAUCUAAACUUGUUGAACAUUUGGAUAAGAAACUUCAACAGCAACAGAAGGGUUCGGAGGAUGAUGGAAAGGAGAAGUUUUUGGAUCCACUUGGUGCUUCUUCGCCUCUUUCUGUUGAGAUAAAUGCGUCCUUUUCAUCGAAGACUCCCAAUCUAUCAAAAGAGAAGGCAAUCAGUCCUUUGGAUAAUACAUUGUUGACAAAUUCAAAUAUUCAAGAAGAGGAUGAAGAGCUUUGGAAAAGUGAACAAAUGUUGGUUGGAUUUCGUCAUUGGAGGGAAAUUAAGCAAAGAAUUUUGGAUAAGUUUAAAACUGAUGCUCGAUUGACUCUUCAAAAUUCAUUUUUAUAUUUACCUGAAGGGGAACAAAAAUUUGAUUCUUCAAAAUUUGGUCAAAAACAAUUAUUACUUUCUAGUAUUUCAAGUAAAAAUAAGAGACAAAAUUCAAAAGGAGAGUCUUCACAUUCAGUUAAACUUGUUGAACUUACACAAGAAGAGUGGUGUCGAAAAUUGGGAGAAUUACGUGUUAGAUUGAAGGCUUUGUGGAGAGAAGAGAAACGUUUGGAUUGUAUAAAGUUAAUCUCAGAAUUAUUGGGUCAAUUGGGAACAGAUAAAACAGUUUGUUCUGCGCAAUUUUACCCUGCCCAAUUUGUUUAUAUAACCGAUUUACUUGAUUUUUUUGGUCGUUUGGUUUGGUUAAGAUUGCUGCAAUGUGCACAGGAAGAAAGAAGGCAGGCUGGACUUGGUGAUUUGCCUGAAGAAUGGAAUAUUGGCGAUAUUUUAGAAGGAACUCGUCUAAAAGCCAGAAAUUGGUUAGGAAAGAUUAACCAAAUUGUUAAAUUGGUUUCUUCUCGAAUUUAUAUGUUAGCAGCAAUUCUUCCCUGUCAACGUUUCAUGGACCCAUGGCCUCAAGCAGCCCAACAAAAUGCUUUGGAACUUUGUAAUUCAAUUAGUAGUGCAGUCAAACAUCCGUUGGUUUCAAUUUAUUUGCGUUGUUAUUUGUGCCGUGUUUCUAUGCGUAUUCAACCAACAGAUAAAGCGCCACAUUGGAAAUGUUUAAAUGAUUGGUUACAGACUUUCGAUAGCCAACCACCGGUUUUAAAUCUUAUUUUUUUUAAGUUUCGGUUUCCUGAGAUUCCUGCUAAAAAUUAG